AUGCCGAGUGAAAAUGCAACUGGGGACGAAAAACCAGACCCAGCCCUCUUCGCCACCACUUCUUCCUCCUCUAGGCCCCCAGGAGUGCUGACGUCAAGUGGCAGGAUGCAAUCCAAGGUGUCCUUCGCGCUCGCACACGAGGCGCCGUGCUCACUCACAGCGACCGAGCAACAGGACGUGGCGGGUGCAAGGUCCACCCACCAGCACAGAGCUGCCUCACGCCGCGGUGUACCAGGGACAGCAUUAUCUUUAUUACAAAAGAGUGAUGGGAACGCUAACAGUGAUAGAGGCGUAAGGGCACUGGAAGCAUCGGAAGAUGCCACUGAGCCGGAUGAACGAGUUACAAGCAUGGACACGACAGAGUACGAUCCCGAUCACCCCGAGGGCCUCCUGGAGAAGUUGGAGGAGGUGCGCGACGCAACUGAUGGGAAUGUACAUCUUAAGACCCUUGACCGCAUGACCACAGCCGGUCCACCGUGGUGGCUGCGACGAUGGUCAGAGCUGCAGCUAUUUUUGAACAGUACACGUGGGCGAGCAAACCCCUGCAGCACUGCGGUGGAUGCAGCAAUUCAUCAGCUGACUGCUGACGUUGCAGCCGCAGAAGCCCUCGAGCAGGCCGUGGCAGGUGGCAAAGAUGGCGGCUUGUGUGGCUCUUCUGCGAGGGAAGUCGAGUGCAUAGACACGAAUCAGGAUAUGGAAGAAAAAGAAGAGGAGGAUACUCUGUUAGGCCCGAAUGGUGGGAAUGAGGAAGUCAACCGAAAAAAUGGGGCAAAUGCGGAAACUGAGACCGAGCAGGGCGUCACAAUGGCACCGAUCGUACCGGUGUGGCAGUUCAUUGGGGCGGGGCAGCGCAUGACUCACCUGCUUUCCCUUGGCCUUGCCGGGCGACUACAAGGGUUACUGGACCUGAUGAGCAAAGACAAGGAGCGCACGGCACUGAAACUAUUAGGUGUUUCUGAUGAUAGUGGCUGCGAUGGCACACAACAGAAUACGAUUUGUCCAGUGCUACAAUGUGCGCAUAUGUCAAUAAUGAGGAAGACGAUUAUUGCUGAUUUGUUUUCUUCAUCGAUGAACAUGCAUCGACAACGUGCCCCUCAUAUCAGUGAUGGAUUUUACGCGCAAAUUCCGAGGGUUAACGUGGAAUAUGUGACAGAGGAGGAUGCUCGACCAGUGUACGAUGCGUCAAAUCUGCUACCGCCUAGCAUGAAUGAACCUUUGAUGAUGAACUUGAGUGACGUUUCGCAGGAGUACCGUUCUUUUGUUAUUCACAUCGACUAUGUCCGCUUUCAACCGUCUGCGCCCGCCGCUCGGCAAAACUCUGCAAGUAUCACCAGACUUGACGCGCCGCCACUUCGGCGCAAACUGUCGUGGAGCGGAGACAGCCCCGUUGGUGUGGGAAUGACAGUGAAGGGUGGGAACGGUCUCCAUGCUAAGCCGUUGAUUUCUUUCACCCGGGAGGACCAACUCAUCGCAAAGAUUUUGGACAACUACGAACAGUAUCGUAUGCUGGAGCUUAGCCUCCUGCCGCAGUUGAAGAGUCGGCGGUAUUACCAGGACCAGCUGAAGAGCCUGCGCCGGCAGCCACACCCCACUGAUGAGCAAAAAAACUUGAUUGCUACACUGUCGCAGCUGUUCAAGGCUACAUGUGAGCUUGAGCGCACAUACCUCCGCACCAUGCUGUCAGCUUGGCUGCAAGUUACUCGGCUGCGUGGUGAAGACCCUGAUGCGUUUGCCACCACGACUCCUUCCUUGGGCCAGCAGUCCAAUAUGGAGGAGGAAAAUGUCGGCUCUUCAUUGUGGCCAACACCAAAAAGUGACGCUACAGAGAGGGACCACGCACAGCGUGGCUCGUGGGGUGUGCCUCAUGGUACUUUUUCACUUCUAAGCAAAGGCUCAGACUUGCAUACUUCGGCGCCUGUGGCACGCUUUUGCAUGUAUCUGCGGCGUCACGGUGAGAGGGCGGGAAUACCUUACGUCCAGGGAGACGAUCUGCUGGAGUACACGCCAGUUAUUGAGGGUGUUGCCGCACCAUCGCAGGCAACUGGCAAUGUGAGGCUGCAGCAGCAACAACAACUCGAGGGUGCCCUGGAUAUGUCACCGCGUUUCCAGGUCCUCGUCUUUGCUCGCACCAACACUCUGGUGCCACCGCAGUUUGUGGGGGCCACUUCCCCCCGGGCACUCAGCGUCACAAAGGCCCUAUUUUUCAACGAGACUUUUGAGCUGCGCACCAUGCAGGAACCACGGGAGAUUUUGCUGCACAUUGUGUCAGUAGGUGAGGCGGACGAAGACCACGUGGUGGCCACUGUUACUGUGCCACCCUCUCUCACGCGCGCGUACUUGCUACUUCCGCUGCAGGCUCCUGUCUCCUUCACGUUCCGUGGUCGUACCCAUGGGAAGCAUGGCGGAGGCGUCCUGCCUGGCGUUAUCUCACUUUCAACGACGUGGACAACGACACAAGGGAUGACGGUAGAGGAAGUUGAACAAAUAUUUCUCAGUGGCGAUGCGGACCCUAUGGACCCACAAUAUGAGAAACUUCUGAGUAUUUUGAGAAGCCACUACAUGGAUUAUGGAAGACGCAUCCUGGCCAACCGUGCGGCCGAAGGCGCAGCCUCAUGGAAGCGUCCUAAUGAUGGUGCUGCUGCUGCUGCUUCUGCAAGAAUACGAACAACAACGACAUCCAUUGGGCGCAGCAAUGAGCGAGAACCUGAAGAUAGCGAGGCGCGUCGCCAGGAAAGCCGUAUGCAGAGUGAAAGGCUGGCUUUACUGCGACGGCGUUGGAUGAUUUCUGCAGGGCAUGCUACGCCUCAAGAUGCAGCUGAGGCACGUCUUUUUUCACAGCCGAUCCCUCUCGAAGACACGGAGUGCCACGAGUUGCAAAGGCUAAUGUCACACCUCACCGCACGCGAAGAACGCGAAACAACGCGUGGGUUUUUUGGGGGUGGUGCAUCGCUGCACGAUGCUGCGGGGAGAAUUUUGCCGCUCGCCUUGUCUCUGAGUCCACUUCCACGCGCGCGAAAGCUGAAAGUUUGGCAAGAACGUCUUCAAUACCUCAAGGCACACCGUAUCUCUUCCCGUAAAUUGGAGGACCACGAGCUGCUUGAGCGGUACGUCAUUCUGCCCAAGAUGCAGCGCGUCAGAGGCAUCAACUUAACUCCAGAGAGCCAGCUGAAUCCACGACGCGAAGAACGCCCAACUACAGACGAGAUUAAUCGGGAUGCACUCGCGUCGAAUAAAGACUCCCGUGUUGUUGUCCACGUCAUGAAGGCGAUGUCACUUCCUCAACGAUCUGACGGAUCCCCGCUAGAGCCUUUUGUGGAGGUGAGCUUUGUCCACGAGACAGUACACACGCGCAGUGAAGUUGGAACAGCGCCCUCGUGGUUUGAGACCCUUAAUAUACCUUUCUGUCCGCCAGACUUUGACGACGAAACACUGUCAUUGAUUGAGGAUGAGAUUGUUAUAUCGGUGUAUGAUAAGCUGGAAAUUCCCAUGGCAUCUACAACAGUGGCAGCCGGAGCUAUCUCUCAUGAGACGCACUACCGUACUGAAAGACGGCUUCUAGGGACACUACACGUGCCUUUCUUUACACUAUACGAGGCAGAGCAGGCACGUAUGGAGGGACAGUACCCUCUUACAACGCCGCGGUGGAUGCUCGGUUAUCACCCUGAUAGAACAGGCGUGAGCAGUGGUCUAAAUCCACUGCACUCGCGUCGUACCGAGACAGUUGUUUCCUACCCAUCUGUCCAGUUGUAUGUGGCGCUUUGGCCUCCGCUUCAACGAGAUGCGCACAAAGCUCUCGAUCAGCCGACUAUUUCUCGUCUCGUGACACAGCUUAACGUUUCAGCGCAGCUACAGCACCUGCAUGAUAUUGCGAUGAAGUGGAGGGCUACGGCUCUUCAAAAAGUGAAAAGUCUCUCCUCCGUGAAUCCUGUAGCUAAUAACCGGGAGAUCGAACCCUUUGUGUUUUGCACCACAGGUGAUUUAACUCUUAUUUGUCGUUACCUCCUUUCUAAUGGGGGCCCUCCACCGCUGACGGUGAAGACAGUAGAGGAAGCCAUACAUUUUGUAUCACUGUUACUAUUUCGUAUCGAUACCCUCACGUGGGGAGAUAACGAUGUGUGGAGCACCAACGCUGAACUUCUACGCACACGGGAAGGUGACUACGAAGAGCUAUCGCUUUUAUUAGCGCAUUUCCUGCGUUUUCUCGCCCCGGAUGAGGUGACCUACGUGGUGACGGGUAGAGGCACAAUACAUCAGCAUGUGGUAAUGGUAUUGCACUCAUUUGGUGGAGAACUUCGCCUAAUUGAUCCACGUACGGGAUGGGUGUGCCCUGUCCAUGACCCGCAUCUCUCUUUUUUCCGUGAUGUACACAUGGUUGUGUCACACGAUCAGCUGUGGGCGAACGUUCAGCUGAGCGGGGCGCCGCAUCGGAUGGACUGGAGCCUUGACGACCGGCGUUUUUGGCUACCAUGCUUUAACCACGAGGACGAUAAUGUGAAGGCCUGCUUGCCGUUUAUGGCUGGCUUGCAACGGGAAACUUUACCCUUUUCAAUGCCGGAUGCAAACAAAGAGCAGGAGAUUGAGCAGCAACUGCGCAAGGUGGUUCGUCGGGCACUCAUGGCUUGGCGCAAUAAUUGGCACCCGGCCUUUCAUCACGGUGUGGCGUCUGUCCUCCGCACACUUCUUGAAGAAGCGGAGAGCGAGCGCUGCAAAUACGCCAGUUCACGUCAAGGUUCGGUGACAAUGCGAGCUACGAAGCUUCUGAAUGAGUAUUUCGGGGACGAUGUGUUACAGGAUCCACGACGACAGCGUAGCCGCAGUGAAGAAGUUGGCGAUGCAGCUGACAGUGAUAAGAAGAUGGCGUUGAAGACACCUAAGCUGCAGAUCAUGGGUAGUCCUGUGAAUGACGCAUACCAACCUGACGACGUCGCCUAUCAGCAUAUCCUGGAGAAGGUUUUCGAGACCGCAGUGCAUGAGGUAGGUACGAAUGCUGUCAGUUUCGCGCUUGCGGUGUACGUGAAGGGGUACACCAAUGAGGUGUAUUCCAUGUGGGUGUUCCUAGUGGCGCUUUAUGAAGCUGUGUCACCGCGUUGA